AUGAUAGACGCGAAGUUCUUCCCUCACGUCAUCGACGAAAUCUUCGCCCAUGCGUCGGGGCCGGCACUGCUCACACUCCGAGUCAACCGGGAGUGGCGGCGACGGGCGGAAAGGAAGCUCGCCUACCACAUCUGUGUCGCUGAGACAGUUGCAGACACUGAAUCGCUGCCUCGCAAAACCUCAGUUAUUCAAUCGCCCGAAGGAGACAUCCUCGGAGCCCUCAAGACCGGCUCUCCCGGCGCCUCGGCACCUAGCUUCCUCUCUUCCGCUGUCAUCGUGGACCUCCAUGUCCCAAAGGUUGACAAGAAGGUUGCCCCUAUUCUCACCCACUGUUCGACGGAGGUGGUACUUCGCUCUCACAAAUGCUGUCCCAUCAAUGCAACUUCGGGCUUUAUACCCCGCGCUCGUCGAGUGGUGUUGUUCUGCAAGGACGACUCGCUCUACAGUGACGAUGACCUGUUCGGCCGCUAUCGUCUACAUCGUAUCCCGGGUCGGAAGCACGUGGUCCUUCAUGUGAGAAGCAAGGGGAGAGCCGAAGCCUCACACUUUCUCGACAUUCGUGACAGCAUUGGCGAUCUGGAUGGCCUUACGCUCAUACUUCAACCCAAGCAGUCAACGCAAUACUCUUUCGAGCCCUACUCUGUCACGGACUUGGUCGUGUUUGAGAUAGGCUUCCUUGCGGACUUUGUCGUGCUCGCGUACGUGAGGAACGUUCCCGUGACUGUGGUGAACCUUGCCUGCAGGAGGCUCGAUAACGCCCACCAAGCAGCCUACAACUAUGAGAGUGUAAAGGAGGCGCUUCUCGACAGGAUCGAGUUCACGAAGAGAGGAUACACGUCCCACCCCGUCGCUUCAGUUUACACUCCAGUCCGCUUCCUGUCGCUCGACGAAUAUCGUGCCGAAGUCGGCGAAGAGCUCUUCCAGAUCGACACCAACGAGGGAAGGCUCUGGCCGCCCCAUCUUUCGUACCAGUAG